AUGUGUUCCCAAAUACUAGACACAGAAAUUGCUUAUUUCACAUAAAAACAAAAUGCUACUCAAAAAAUAUAAAGAUAUUUGCAGCAAAAGAAGGACUGUAUGAGGAAUUUGAAGACAUAGUAAACAACUGUGUAACAGAGGAGGAAUUUGAGGGCUUGUGGGGGAAGAUGAUUGAAGAAAGAGAACUACAGAACAAUAAAUACUUCACAAAGAUGUGGGAAACGAGGAAGAGGUUCAUCCCUGUUUACUACAAAAAAGACUUCUUCCCAUUCAUCCAAACAACAUCGAGAAGUGAGGCUACAAAUGCUAUUCAUCAGUUUCCUAAGAGAGUAUCAAAGAAUAAUAGAAGCAAUAGAUAGAGCAGAAAAUCUAGAGGACCAUUACAGCAGCCAGAAAAAACCCAAAGAGCUCCUUUUUGGUUACAUGUUUGAGAAACAAGCACAUGAGCUAUACAACAGGAAUGUGUACAAAAAGUUCCAAAUCCAACUAAAGGCUACUUCAACAAUGACAUACCAGGAAAUUGAGGAAGGGAAAGCAUUUGAAGUUUGGCAAAGAAGAAAUCAAGUACAUCAGAUACAAAAUAUAAGAAAGUAUACAGUUCUGACUGACCUAACUGAAGGGAAAGAGCAAUUUGAUUGCAUUUGUGCCAAAUUCAGCAAGGAUGGGAUUCUCUGUUCACAUGUCUUGAAAAUCAUAAUAGAAAAAGAAAUUAGUAACAUACCAGAAAUGUACAUAAUAGAUAGAUGGAGAAAAAAGGAAAUGAGAAUGCUGAAACAACCUAUGGGAGAGGACACAAUAGCUACGAGCUCACUACUCAGGUACAAUGUGCUCUCAAGAAAAUCUACAGUUCUGAACUCAAAAGCAGCUAAAAGGGAGGAAGCAACAAAUUACCUUAUGGCAGAAAUGGACAGGAUAGAAGCACACUUGAACCAGCUGUUGGAGCCUCCAGCAAGGGAUCAAAAUCACAAUGAAGAAACAGCAAAUCAAGAAAUACAAACACAGGCAACUAGUGUGCAAAAUGAAAUUGAAGAUCCAGAGACAGCAACCCAGAAGGGCAGGCCAGAACUGCCAAAAAGAAUGAAAACUCAAAUAGAAAAGGUCAGAGAGAAAAUGAGACAACAAGAAAUCAAGAAGAAAAAGAAAGAAACAACACAUGCCAACUCAAGUACAAUUUCACAUUAUCAAAGCUCACCAAGCAAGCAACAGAACAAGAGGAUGAGAAAGUCAGCAACGAAAAAUACUGAAGGACGACCAAGCAACUGAAGAAGGACCAAAUUCCACAUGUAGUGGAAGGAAAAUGAAGAUACAAACUCAGAAAUGUUAUUACAUAUAUGUAAUAUAAGAAUAAACUGUAAUAGUUGAAUUCGUUCUAUUGUGUGCAACAAUGAAUAUUUACUAUUCUGGAAAAGACAGUAUUAACAAUC